CCUAGUACCCCGCGGUCCCGGCUACGCCGCGGGGGCGCGUCCGGGAAGCUCCCUUGGCCACGCCCCGGCCACGCCCCCAGGCGGAAAGGGCUAUAAAAGGCGAGCGCUUUCGCCGCGGGCCACAGCCAGACUUCUGCGACCCGACUGUCGGUCUCUACUCCAUGGCCAUUCGCGCCACCAUGGAUCUCUCUGCCAUCUACGAGAGCCUCCUGUCAAUAAACCCUGACCUGUCGUCCGACCACGGAGGAACCGAGUCGGGACUUUGGAACAUAAACUCGUCUGACUCCAUCCCAUCUGGGGUCACUUCUCGCCUGACUGGCCGCUCCACCAGCCUGGUGGAGGGUCGAAGCUGUGGUUGGGUACCGCCACCCCCUGGUUUCGCACCCUUGGCUCCCCGCCCGGGGCCUGCGCUGUCACCCUCGCCUACUUCGCCUACUGCAACUCCCACCACCUCCUCUCGAUACAAGACUGAGCUCUGUCGGACCUACUCGGAGAGCGGGCGCUGUCGCUACGGGGCUAAGUGCCAGUUUGCCCACGGCCUGGGUGAAUUGCGCCAGCCCAAUCGCCAUCCCAAGUACAAAACGGAACUCUGCCACAAGUUCUACACCCAGGGCCGCUGUCCCUAUGGUUCUCGAUGCCACUUCAUCCACAAUCCCAACGAGGACCUGGCUGCUCCAGGCCAGCCCCACGUGCUUCGACAAAGCAUCAGCUUCUCAGGCUUGCCCUCGGGCCGCAGAACGUCACCACCUCCACCAGGCUUUCCUGGCCCUUCCCUGUCCUCAUGUUCCUUUUCGCCCUCCAGCUCCCCACCACCACCUGGGGACCUUCCACUUUCUCCCUCUGCCUUCUCUGCUGCCCCCGGGACCCCUGUGACUCGAAGAGACCCUAUUCCAGCCUGUUGCCCCUCCUGCCGAAGGUCUACCACCAACACCAUCUGGGGGCCCUUGGGUGGCCUGGCUCGGAGCCCAUCUGCACACUCCCUGGGAUCCGAUCCUGAUGAUUACGCCAGCAGCGGUAGCAGCCUGGGUGGGUCAGACUCACCGGUCUUUGAGGCCGGAGUGUUUGUGCCUCCCGCGCCCCCUGCACCCCCAAGGCGUCUCCCCAUCUUCAAUCGCAUCUCUGUCUCUGAGUGACAAAUGCCCACCCAGUAUGGAUCAGCUAGAUCUCAAGAGGGCGGGGCUUAUUGCUGUGGGGACCUAAGGGAACUCUUAAGUUAGUGCCUUCUCCCUGACAUUCCAAAAUGCAUUAACCCACUCCUGGUGCUGUGCUGGGGCAGGUCCCUAGCUGCAAAUUCAGUGUUUAGGUGGAUAGGUU